GUUAAUAAGCAGAUGUUCUAGAAUUUUGUGAUAAGACGUGUAAACAAAAUUUUGAAUGUUUUAGUGUUUAGCUUGACUGUCAAAACGUAAAUAGAAAAGAAAGUGUCAUAAAUUUAUCAGCUGUCUGAGUAUUUUGCCGUAAAAGACAUACACAAAUUUUCUAUGGGUUGUAAAUUGCUAACUCUAAGCAUACUCUGCUUAAUAGCGACUAUUUCAGUACGAUAUUCCAGCUCUACAAAACAGUGUAUACGUAUUGAUUCUCACGGAUGCAUGUGCAACUUUACGGACGGAAGCGGAAUGGUUGACCUCCGUAGCCUUGGAAACAAAGAUAAUACACCAAGAUUCAAAGAUAUAAAUGGGACUGAUGGAUAUAUGUACUCUUACAACCCUUGUUAUGCUUUUAUUGAAGGUGGAUGCAAUAACGCAGCAGUAUGUUUAUUGCGAAAUGGUAGCCAAAAACAAAUCGGCGAUGUGGGGACAGCUACAUUUCAAUACGUCGAUGAUCAGAAUGACAUUCUAGCAUUUUAUACGAUUCGUCAGUUUGGCACAGCAUCAAUUGUUCGUCUGACGUGUGACUUGAAAGCGGUGGAACCAGUAUUCAAAGCAUUUGGCGAAUUGACUGUUGGAUUUUACAGCUCCCAGUUGAGCAGCGUCUGCGCAUGCCCAGGAUUGUGCACAAAGGAUGGGCCAUUAGAUAUCAACACUUGACUGCUGUUUAUAUAUGGCAAACAUUUGUGUGUUUGGCUCAUAAUGGCAUAAAACAGUUAUGAUUAAACAGUGUACAGAUAAAUUACAUAAGAUUGUCAAUUUCUCAGUGCAAUAACUUCACAACAAGAAAAGAUUAACCCUUAUCAUGCUGGACAGGAUUGAUUCUGCCUUUGCGACCAGUGUAGAUCACAUUCUACACACAUUCGUGCAGUCUGAUCAAGAUCUGCACUGUUCGCUAUUCAGCCAGUAUUUUUUUUUUGAAAUCACACCUUUUAACAGUUAAUAGUACUAUCCAUAAUGAAAGAUAGACAAGUUCAUUAUAGAAACAUUUUUAGCAGGGUAAGUGUUAACGCUUUACCUGGAUAUUCCAGUCUACAAAAGUGAUGCAAUAUCAAAAUGAUAUCAACUUUUUAUUACAGUAUACGGAAUACUGAUAUGGCAAUGCGCAGUGCAUGUUUGCUCUUACGGGAACAUGCCAACAGACCGUCCUAAUGGAUUAACUUGCUCGUGAAAAGCCCAAAGCUUUUUUUUUUAAAUGAGGGACCCUAAGAAAAGUAAAGUCGACCAUACUAAACAGUAUAGUUGCUGUAAGUAUAUAAGGAAUAAAUAGCCAAGUACUAAACAUAUUAUUAGGGAUGGGACAACAACAGAAAUGUCCAGGUUUGAAUAACAGUCAUCUUAGUAAUAUUUUAGGCCGCUUAGUGUGUUAAGGCUCAACACAAAAUACGUGAACUGCUAUUCCGAUCAGAUGCAUAUGAUCGAUGUUUCCAACAGGAUAGGCUGCAUCCAAUUUCAUAUUACACAAUGAACGGCCUAUUUUGUGGAAUAUAAGUAGUUUUAAGUGAUAUGUUAGACUAAAUCACACUUCUGAACACUAAUGUUAUACCUAAAGUAAAUCUUUAAAUAACUGCUAUUUUUGUAUACACUACAAGAUUAUGUAGAAAAUAAUUUACAGUUGAUUGUUAAAACGGCAUGCUUUCGAAAGAUUAAAAACAUCUCUAGACACGUAUUUUGAUGGUCUACAUAAUUUGGCAGGAUCUAGCAACUUUUGUAUAUAGAAAAAUCAAUUAUGUAAACGUUGGGGAUACACAAUUUUCAGUGGUUAUAGCCUAAGACAUGCUUUUCAUUAUUUCGAUGAGUAGUGCAAGUUUACAAAGACACUGUUGCCAAUAU